CGGAGCGCGCCCGUCCUGCCGCAGGCGGCCCGGCCCGGCCCCCCCGGCGGCCCUCCCGGAGGAGGCGGAGGCGGAGGCGCAGCGCUGCCAUGGGCAACGGAAUGAGCAAGGUCCUCGAGGGCCUCUACCUGGGAAACAUUCGGGAUUCAGAAGACAGAGAGAAUCUGGCCAAGAGCAAGGUCACGCACAUCCUCUCCGUGCACAACAACGCUCAGCCUGUGCUGGAGGACAUGUCUUACCUCUGCAUCUCAGCUUCGGAUUCAUCCAGUCAGAACCUGAUACAGCAUUUCAAGGAGUGCAUCUCCUUUAUCCACCGGUGCCGGCUCCAUGGGGGAGGAUGUCUUGUUCACUGCCUGGCUGGAGUUUCCCGCAGCACCACUAUCUUAGUGGCUUAUCUGAUGACAGUGACCGACUUUGGCUGGGAAGACUGCUUGUCGGCUGUCAAGGCUGUCCGGUCUUAUGUUAGCCCAAAUUUUGGUUUCCAGCAGCAGCUGCAGGAGUUUGAAAUAACCUUGCUCAAGGAGUACCGAGCCUGGCUGAGACGGGAGUUUGGCAGGAACCCCUUCAAUGACCAAGAGGAGCUGAGGCAGCUUUUGGCCCGGCAUGAAGAGAAACAGAAGGAACAACAACUUGGAAGGAGAGAAAACCGGUGGAACAAUUCUGCCUCAGCAGUCUAUGCCCUCCCUUAUAAGUCUUACGCUAGUAGCAGCAAUAGAUGGGGAAACCGUUAAACAUCAGAGGGGGACAGGGUGGAGGAUUUUCAUUGUCCGGGGAAGCUAAUGCUGCUUUUGACUUUCUUUGAGGGGACGUUGAAAGAUGAGAGUUUGGCCCAAGUUAGACUUCACACCAGGCAACAACUUGCAAGUACAUUUUUGAGAAAACGGGGAAUUCUGAGGAAGAGUGGAAUGGCCUGGAGAAAUCAUCAUCAUUUCUCAUUCAGUAAUUCUUGCCUAACUGACUUGGGCAGCAGAGCCGUAUCACAGUUUGCUCGUGGACCGGAGUUUGCCCUCUCUGCCUCCAAAUCCUACCUGAGUCCAGGUGGCAAAGUGUGGAGAGGAGUCUCAGGCCAGCGGGUUUUGGAUAGACCCAUCUCCCUGUAAAGCACCCAUUGUGUUUGUUCCACAUCACCAAUCCACUAGUUCUCUAGGCUGUGCAGUUUUGUUUUUUGUUUUUUUUCCACAGCAACCUACUUGAUUCAGUUGACUAACUGUAAAUGCUUCAAGUUUCAUUUUCUUGGGAGACAGUGUGUCCUUCAACAAAUAGAUAUUCAUAUCGUAAACUUGUUUUAGCAUCGAACCUCAAGUUUGUCUUUGGUUUCAUUCCUUGAUCCCAUUUCUUCUAACAAACAUCAGGACCCUCUUUUCAGGAAUCUGAUCCUCAGUGGCCCUUGCACAUUGAGUUCCAAAUGCACAUCUCUGGGUUUUGACAUCACUUGAUUGUGAAGGUGAUAAAUUAAUUCUGGAGUAGUAACCACACACACACAUCACAUCACACACAUCUGUUUUAUAUUUAUAUGAGCCUUUCAGAAUGUAGGAAUAGAAUCAGACAACGUCACCAACCAGCAAACCCUACCCAUCAUUUUGACCAAUGUGCUGAUUUGAAUUGGAUAAGGAGAGCAAGCUCCACCCAGAAAUGGCAGCUUCUGUGCCAAACGGGGCAAAGAUUAAUGACUCUGACACAAACACAGGGAAGCUUUCUCAAGGGUUGAAUAUUUUGGUUCCCAAGGCUUUCAAGUAAACCCAUCACCAGUACCAAUAUUCACUUA